AGAAAAGAAUGAAUCAGUCAACCCAGCAUCAACUUCAAAUCAGCCAGUAAUUCCUACAGACCAGGGAGCUAUGGAGGGGGAAACUCUAUACAAGAGAAACAGGCAAAAGAGGAGGAUAAUAGUAGACGAUUGUGAGAGAGGGUUGAUCCCUACAGAGACAAUGAAGCGACAAUUCAGGGACACCUCAGACAUCACAGGUCCUAUGGAAUAACUCCCCCAACCAAAAAACUCAUGCAUCUGAAGGAAAGUCGGGACUCUGAGAGGCUGUUAUCUAAACCUGGAAGAUCUGGUUUAUCCCCGACUGCUUCUAAGUCAUUUUCUCGGAAUCUUGUCACACCGACAAUUGACCAAGGAGAAGCACCAGUCCCUGAUAAUUUGAAUCUUGAAGACUUUGAUUCAACCUUGGAGGAACAAGGUACAUGGCUGGUGGAGACUAGAAUCAAAGAAGAACCUUUAGAUGAUCAGCCAGAGUUCACCCAGUCCUCCAGCUCACUCAUACAGACCUCUACAGAAAUACAGAAAAAACAGGGAACUGUGAUGAACCUACAGACCUCUACAGAUCUACCACAGGGAGCAAGUGAUAAAUAUACAGACAGAUCAAAUCAAGACGGAACCCUCAUCUAGUGAUCCCCCUUAAUCCUUAAUCAAAUACGAUCUCUAUUAACACUACUGCAGAUUAGACCCUAAGUUAACAGAUCUACCGAGGAAACGUGAUGAACAUACUGAUGGAUCAAAACAAGACGGAGCCCUCAUCUAGUGUCCCCCCUUAAUAACACUGCCUGUGUAAGUCAUUAGCUAAUGAACCCUCAGUUGUUCCCUCCCUCUCAAUCACAACAAUGCAAGUUUUGGGGAAAAUUGAUAGCUGUGGAAAAUGAAAAAAGAAAAGCCUCAUCAAGAACUUGGGAGAGGAUAUAAUACAGUGAUUAUUACAUGUUAUAAAGUAUGAUCAUGUAUGAAUAUUUGAAAAAAGAGUCAAAGAAAAUUCCCAUUGGCCAGAAUGGACAUAUAUUUGUUUAUUUACUUGUGUGUUUUUGGUAUGUUAUAAAUAUUGAUCACUCAGCCUGAUUGCUAUAAAUAACUGGUAGCUGAAGCUUGUAGCUUAGCAGCUUAGAUUAGCUAAAGAGCUUAAGAAUUUUAUAUUUUGGAAAGUUCACUGAAACAGAUUUUUCAGUUUUGUUUUCACACAUGAAACAACAGGUUAAAUGAUUUGUAAAA